AAGCCAAGGGCAGGCAAAGAUGAGGAAGCCAUGGCUCAGCGGGGGACAGUGAUAAACCCACCUUUGUGAACUGGGUGGUCGUGGUGCGGGAGCCAGGGUAGUCAGCCUGUCUGCCAACCUGGGUCCAUGCCUUGAGGCCAGAAAGCACCUUGCUGCCAGCAUGCCGUGGGACACUCGUCGGCCUGGGGGCGGUGCAGACGGCGGGCCUGAAGGUGCGGGCGCAGCGCGCUCACAGGCACAAAAGCAGUGCCGCAAGUCAUCGUUCGCCUUCUACCAGGCGGUGCGCGACCUGCUGCCCGUAUGGCUGCUGGAGGACAUGCGCGCCAGCGAGGCCUUCCACUGGGACGAGCGCGGGCGUGCCACCGCCUACUCGCCGUCGGAGGCCCUGCUCUACGCGCUCGUGCAUGACCACCAGGCUUACGCGCACUACCUGCUGGCCACGUUCCCGCGGCGCGCUCUCGCACCGCCCAGCGCUGGCUUCCGCUGCUGCGCGGCGCCC